AUGCUACGGCUUUCCAAGGCGCACGAAGCCGGUGUACAGUGGAGCGAUAUCCAAUUCGAUGCUGUAUGGUGCCUUCCUUGGUGGGAGGGAAUUGAUGCAGUCGAUCUGAAGCCGGGAGAAGGGCAACAUUUGGAGAGGCUGGUAAGCAAUAGCGAAGCCUCGAACGAUUCUAUCAAGGAAGCCGAAACAGUACCCGACCAGCACAUCAAGGCACUGAAGGAGCUUUUCGAGCAGAAGCUGUCGGGCGACAACCGAUACCACGAAUCUCUCACCCAGCUGAAGGAAAUGGCAGAAAUGCUAGAUGGAUACCCUGUCGCCAAGCAAGACUUUGAAGAUGCCAUACAACCAGUUAGGGAGGCCAUAGAUGCCUGGCACGAGAUCUUUGCGAAGAUGGGAGCAAGAGAGGUGCCCAUUGCAGAGGCAGAUUUAGUCUCCGAAUUUGCCAACGCCAUCAGCCCCUUCCUUGGUCUACCGGCAGAUUCCACGAAGUGGGUAGACUUUUUGAGAAAGUUGAUCAGACUGAAGGAAUGGGAUCUCAUUGACAAAUUCACGAGUGUCCAGGUUUAUGGGAUUGGUUAUAUGGGGCAGCUGUCAAAGACUGAUCUUGAUGAGGCACUCCUCGUGGUCAAGAAUGAAGCCCACUUCCGAUACCUCAUCUGGGCGGAAAAGUUCAUCAAAUCUUACGAGGCCGAUGACUCUGACCUCAUGGACACAGAGAACCGACGCAAGGUCGAUCAAAAGCCCCCCAGCGCCAAACUUGAGAAGGAUGAGGAUAUCGUCACCGAGGAGCCAGCUCCCGAGCAACCGAUUGGAGACAAGUCCCACAGCGACGACCGUGAGGAUGAGGAUGCCACCGCCAUAGAUACAAGUCUCUGGGAACCCUUCGAGGAUCCUGAAAUUAUCGUGGAUCACUCAUUGCUGCCCUACAGAUGGAUGAGCGAUUCUGAGGCUCAGGAGUAUCUUCGCAUCGUGGCCGAGCAGUCAAAGGAGAGCGAGAGCGAACCCACCGCUUCACAGAGCAAUCCACGGACCGACGAGGCCGAUGACGAGAUGAUCAUCGAUGAAGAGACACUGAACAACAUGUUUGCAGGUUGGAUCGGGCACAUGCCCAUCCCCAGAGGUCUUGACGAGGUGGAAGAUGAGGAGGUGGAAGAUGAGGAGGAGGAAGGUGCUGAGGAGGCGAGAUGGUUCACAGAGUGA